AUGGCACGACCAAAUUACAACACCAUAGAUGAAUGGUUGAGUUAUUGCUCGCAGAAUCAUCCGAGAUGCCAACCUCAAUGCUCGAGUGGCCUACGCUCAAUUACCUUGCUCGACGUCCAUACUCGGCGACUGGUUCAAUAUCCAUCUGCAGAUGGCCAGGGAUGCGAUUAUAUUGCUCUAAGCUAUGUAUGGGGCAGCACGCCCCAGCAAACUAUCAGUAAGACCAAAGCAUUACCAGAGAAUCUUCCUCGAACCAUUAGCAAUGCUAUGACAGCCGUGAACGAGCUUGGGAAACGAUAUCUUUGGGUCGACUCGAUUUGCAUUGAUCAGUCUAAUUUGACCGAGAAAUCAAAUCAAAUCGAGUUAAUGGAUCUCAUCUACCAAGGCGCAUUUGCCACCAUCGUCGCC